UUUUCAACUCGAGCAGUCUGCGCAUCGAGAACCACAACCGUCUGUGAAAACUUCUUCAGGUUGUCGUUGCAAGCCUUAUUGAUCCCGUCACAAUAUCUUCCACAAUGAGUCAAAUAAACGCGUCCGUGGUACGCGCCGUCGUGCAGGAAUCGCAAAAAGUCAUCCCCCAACCGUCCGUUCAAUUCCAGUUGCAAUGGACCUUCGAGAACUUCUCGGCCUACCGUCCCAAAGAGCAAGCCUACCGAGGCCAAGAGCGAACCUUUCGCGGCAGAGAGCAAGUCUACCGUGGACAAGAGCAGCCCUUAGGCGGGGAGAUCUUCACCCAUGGCAUCACGAUGACGGAACUCGGCGUGAAGACCUUCAAGGGCCGCUGUCGUCUGCGCAUCGAUCCCUGCUACAAUGCUGUGCCGCUGGAGAUGCGUCCAUUCGUUCAGAUUGGCUACGGUGGCAUACUGCGUGUGAUUUUGUGCUUCACGGAUGAAGACCUGGAUUCCACCAGCUACAGCGGAGAACAAGAAAUCGACGUCCAAUACAAGCUGACCAUCGGUACGCGUGUGGAUCCAAAAUCCACUCUGUACGGCAUUACUGUGGACCGACAAUGGUCCGACGUGCAGGCAGUAUCCAAAGAGUCCGCCGAUAACGUUGGUGAAGCGCAAAGUUAUUACACGAACUUGGUCGUGGAUGGUGGCAAGAUGGCCGAUAUGGUGACCAUUCUGGCGGACGUCAUUGUGUAUCCUAAACCGGAUACGGUGCACAAGAUCUUCAAGAACAUUGAUCCGAUUGAGGAGGACGAUGGUGAUGCGGCCUGAAUCACGUUGGAAUGAUUGUGCUGCAAGCCUGUCCGGUAAUUUCUGCCUGUUUCAUACAGCGAAAUUAUUAUACAAAUUUACGUGUUACGCCAAACGUAGUGAAGUGGCCAUCGUUUUAAGCGCAAACUUCGCGCUAGCUGUAUCUUUACGACAGAAAUUACCGGACAGGCUUGUAUUCUGGAUUGUGGAAUAAGCGUGGCGGAAUAUGUCGAGAAGUUGACCAACGAGUUUUUCAUUAUUUGCAAUUGCAUAAUCUGGUGAUACCGUGAUGGUAUCGAUAUGAAGUUAAACUUCGAUAUAACUGGCUCCGUUUUUUCUUCAUACGUAAGAAAAAGCACUUUUUUCUCAUUUUUCUGUAUCCAUAUGUGUCGUUUACAGACUGUAGUAGUAAUAUGGGAUUCUUCAUGACCUUUUGUUGAAAGUCGUGGCUUACGAAAAUAACGAAAAUAAUACGU